AUGACAACCAUUUCUCUCGCUCCUGUUCCGCACUCGGGCCCCAGCCUAUCGUCUCCAAAUACCGUCGGCAGCAGCCUCCCGGUGCCCGUCCGGCCAAAGUUCAACUCGCACAUCACCUCGGAUCGCCUACGUGAGGGCGCCGGUCUACGCUUGCCGCCCUUUGCUGUGCGCGUCAGCAAUAUCCAGAAGGACCGCAGAUCCGUCUUUCGCGAGCUAGGCCUCGAGGGCGAUGUGGCCUUUGGCGACGACACAUACCUCGUUGUCCGCGAAGAUGCUCUCCAGAAGCCCGCAUCCGGGAACGAUGACGACGGCGAUGAUGCCACCUCGACGACCACGGGCGGCCGCAAUAUCCAGCAGCAGACCUCGCGUUCUUGGUACACCAAGCUGGCCGCGCACCCGGCCCUGACCAAACGCCGCUCUAGCAAGGGACGUGCCGUCAUUCCAUCUGUUAACGUUAUCAGCCCCGACUCCCAAUAA